AUGGAGUUACUUGUUUAUCAUUUUGGUCCACAAAAACAUUGUUACGUGAGCUCUGCUGGCAUGUUGAAACGAAAUUAUUUUGCCUCGGUCUUUGAGAAAUACUUCCAAUUCCAAGAAGAGGGCAAGGAAGGAGAGAACAGGGCAGUAAUCCAUUAUAGGGAUGGUGAGUAUAAAAAAGACAGUCACAAGUCUUCAGUGUUUAAGGAUAACGAUGAUUUGGUCAUUGGAAAAGUGUUCAUGCAGGAGUUCAGACAAGAUCGGUUCAAAGGAUGCAGAGCCAGCCACACGGUUGCACAGGUCCUCUUUAGACACAGAGCACCUCCUUUGGAGCCAGAAGAUGUCAGUGCUGCAGUGGCAAGAACAUUGGCUCUGUUAACCUUCAUGCUAUUCCCUCGCCACACCAAUACCAGUGCUCAAGACUACACCAUCAACCUGAUCCACACAGAGUUCCAGGACUCUGUGCACAACUGCAUUAAGUGCUCUAAGGAUAUUCACACACGUGCACGGGCAAAAACUUCUGACUUCCUCAAGGUUCUGAACCGUGCACGCCCAGAUGCUCAGGAAAAAGAAAUGAAAACAAUCAUGGGGAGUCCCACUAAAUCUUGA